CGGCAGCGUAGUUCCCUGCUGGCACCUUCCCCACGCCCUGUGUCCUCAGGUCUCUUACCUUGCAAGGCGUUGGGGUGCUGGCUUUGGACAUGAGUCGGGCCAAGGGAGGGCUGCCCCUGCUGCUGCUGAGCCUUGCUGUGCUGGAUCUCCCACUGGGGACCACUGCCAUGGAUAUGACAGACCCUACAUCCCUGACUCUCCCAACCUCCUUGCGACCCACAGAGACCAUGGCACCACUGCCCAACACCAGCUCAAGCACUGCAGCCACCUUCACUUCCUCUCCUCCUGCAACCUCCACCCCACAGAUGCCAAUGGAUGCCUUCACAUCCAGUGCUUCUACAGCUCAGCAGAGCAGCCUGGCAGCCUACCACAUCACCACACCACAGGCAAGGGGCAGCACAGCUCACAGCACUCCUGUGUCACCUGGGCUGGGACCCACCACCAGCAGUACCCCAGCAGGGCUGGGGCUCCCGACCACCAGCACGCCAACUCCAACCUCCAUGGCCAUGACACCCAUCGGUGACAAGACUACCACUUUCACAUCUGUGGGGACCAGCACAGCCCUGGCUGCCAGCUCAUUUGGAGCUGAAAUGAGCAUGCUGCCUCCCUCCACGUCUACUCUUCUUUCCUCCACUGGGGUGGGCACCACGCUUGGCACCAGCACCCACCAAGAGCCAGCCAUGACCGCACUGCUUGGCAGCACAUCCCCAGGGACCAGCACCACCUCUUCUUCCACCCCCCCAGAAGUGACAGACACUUUAGAUGGGCCCUUGACGACCUCAUCAGACACCAUGACCUCCCUUGUUACCACCACAGAGGUCCCUGGGACCACCCCUGGUACUUCCACCCCAAGAGAACCAGAGACCUCCAGUGACACUGCAGAGACCACUGCCAUGGGUGUGACAGCAACUGUGUCCCCAGCUCUGCCUACCUCCUCAGCACCCAUGGAGAGCUCAACACUGCUGCCUACCACUGACUCCACCACCACAGCCACCCUCCUUUCCUCCAGCCCUGAAACAGAAGCCUCCACCCCACAGGAGUCCACAGAGACAGGCAACACCUCACCUCCCACUGUGCCUCCUCCAACCACAACUACAGACGAUUCAGCCGAAUCUACAGAAGAGUCCUUGGCAACCCUGACAGACACCACAGCCAGCCCUGUCAUCAGCACAUCAGACCCCAUGAGCACUCCGUCUUCAAGCUACCCAGAUAGGACCACUCCUGACAUCUUCCCCUCAACUAUGGAGUUGACUCCAGGCACUGAGCCCUCUUCCCCUGCCACCAGCUCAGCCCAGACCUCAGAGGCUACGACCCUCAGCACGCCUACAGAGCUGCCAGCGCUGCCGCCAGCCUGCCCCUCUGGCUCAUCCAACACCAGUGCAUCUCACCUCUUUCUGUCGCUGCGGCUAACCACCCCUCUGGACCUGGGGAACACCACGGUGCAGGAGCUGGUGUUGUCCAAGCUCCGUGAGGACCUGCAGACAGCAUUCCCGUGUGCUGGCCUGUCACUGGCAUGGCGAGGGAAGAGGAGGACUUGACCGCUGCCCCUCGCCUGGCUUGCUCCACCUCGACUGCCGAGCCACCUGCUCCCAGCUCCUCACUCCAUGGUGGUGCAGGCCCCUGGGGAAUCCCAUACAGCUCCUCUUGAACCUGGGGCUUCCUGUCCUUCUCUUUGUACCCCCAGUCCCCUCCUGCCCCUUCCCACAGCCUGUCUGAAGAGCCUGAGCCCUCCCACCACCCUGCUCCAGACCUGGUUCCUGUGGUGGGACCCCCUCCAGCUCUGCUGGGGGGCUGGGAGAAGGGGACCCCACAGGACUGGGCUUUUACAUCUGAGCUGGCUCAGCCAUCAAAGCCACCCUGGGGACAGAGGAAUGAGAGGAAGGAGACCUGAAGCCCCCAGUACUGCUGUUCCCAAGGCUCACCUGCAGUAUUGCUGACAGAAGAGAACACCCAUGAUGGGCAGUAAAUAGAAAUUCAAUGUUUUCUGUGUUGAAGCGAUGACUUCUUUAUUUUCCAAGUUGCCUUUCCCAAUUUUCAGCUUUGCCAUCUAUUGGAGGUACCGGUGAGGAAAACUGAGUCCCCAGAGCUUUGCGUGGAGAGAAGGGCUCAGUGCUGUCCCCUCCCACGAGGGGCUGCUGCAGACAUUCCCAAGGAUGGCUCGGCACCCCGGCAGACUGGUGGUCUCUGCUUUGGCGCUCUCUCCCUGUAACACCCCACAGCUGCAGGGGCAGCACUGUGGGGCUGUGGAAAUCCUGUGGGCUGUGCUCCUUCCCUGUUUUUUCCAGUCCCUAACUAAGGAGACGGCUGCAACGUCUGUCCCCCUGCAGCGAAGUCAUUUAUUAACUGAUUCAUUUGCCAGAUAAAAUCCAACUGAAGCAAUUAUUAGCCUUAGCAAGCCACCUCACCUGGAGAUUGAAAACUGAAAUAAUUAGCAAAAUGGCCUUGUUGCGUGUCAGGGGUUGUUUUUGGCUGAUCCCUGCUUCUCACUGG